GAUUUGUCUUUUAGAAUAUUUUAAUAUGGCGUCACCCAUAUAGUUUACGAUUCAAAAUAAAACUAUCUUUUGUUUUAUAGGGAAGAUUGUUGAAUUAUACGAGUUAGGAUGUCGCAGAUAGAUAGCGAAAUUCCUAGUCAAGCGAUGACAAGUGAGACUAACUCUGAUUCUUCCAUAGGAAUCAAGAAAGAAGACGACCAGUCAACAUCUCUAGAGUCCCUACCCUCAGUACAAAGUCAGUCUGGGUCUGUCACAGAGGGAACCCCAAAGCACCGCAUUAGUCAGCUUCUACCACCCCAGAGUCAAAACUCGGCCCAGGAACCACGGAGAACCUCUUCAAGAUCCAUCAAGCGCAAGAAGUUCGAUGAUGAAGUCGUAGAAAGUAGUUUGAUUAAAACAGAGAGAGGGAGAAUGACAAAGUUAUCCACAGUGACACAAGUUCUGGAGAAAUUGGAGCCAGCUGUUGAAAAAGAACAGCCCCCAGCCCCACCUCCCGAAAAGAAGAAGGUUUGCACCAUAGUACUUAACAAGAUGGUUUCCAAGUCUAUUAAUUCAGCAGCAAAACGAGCCAAGAAACAAAAGCCUCCAGCACCUGCCUCGACCAAAGACCUGGGAAGGUGGAAGGCUCAAGAUGACCUUGCCCUCAUCACAGCUAUUCAGCAGACAAAUGACCUGACAGCAGUCCAUUUAGGGGUCAAGUUCUCUUGUAGAUUUACCCUCAAGGAAAUUCAGGAGAGGUGGUAUGCAUUGCUGUAUGACCCAAUCAUAUCAAAGUUAGCUGUGCAGGCCAUGAAUCAGCUCCACCCCGAUGUUGUGGCAGAGGUCCAGUCGCGUGCUCUCUACAGUACAGAGGAGGAGUCUCUGAUGGGCACCGUGUCCUCGACCAGUCAGCCAACAGUGGAGAUAUUUCAGGAGCUCCUAGAACAGAACCCAGACACGUUCUACCCACUGCGCACGGCCAAGGCGCUGCACAACCACUGGUUACUGCUGAAACAGUACCACCUUCUGCCCGACCAGUCAGUGCAGCCCAUUCCUCGCGGGGACCACGUGCUGAAUUUCUCUGACGCUGAGGAGAUGAUGAAUGAUGAAGAACUAAGAGAACCCAAAGAUGAUGUCCUGGAACAAGAACUCUCUGUGUCUGACAGAAGAAACAAGAACGAGAUCCGACACCUGGAACAGGAGCUUCCUAAAUGGCAGGUGUUGGUGGACAGUGUGACAGGCAUCAGUCCCCAGGACUUUGAUAACCAGACCCUGGCUGUGCUGAGAGGGAGGCUGGUCCGUUACUUAAUGAGGUCAAAGGAGAUAACGUUAGGUAGAGCUACCAAGGACAAUCAGAUAGAUGUGGACCUGUCCCUGGAGGGUCCCGCCUGGAAGAUCUCCCGCCGCCAGGGCAUCAUCAAGCUCCGCAGUAAUGGAGACUUCUUUCUAGCCAAUGAGGGCAAGCGGCCAUUUUACGUCGAUGGCAAAGCCAUACUGGCUGGGAACAAGCAGAAACUCAACAAUAACUCUGUGGUUGAGAUCUCAAGCUUGCGUUUCAUUUUCCUGAUUAACCAAGACUUGAUCAACGUGAUUCGGACUGAAUCUCAGAAGCUGGUUCCAACGUGACACAAGGAGGGAGAUAGACAGAGACAUACAGAGAUGUACGGGGGAUGAGACGUACGGAGAUUAAUAGAGAUGUACGGGGGAUGAGACGUGUGGAGAUAACAGAUUGACAUGUGACGGUGCGUGUUUACAAUGUACAGAGUCGUACCAAAGAUGCUGGUGAUGCCGAGUCUCCGGUCAUUGUCAAUACCCUGUACUAAGGGACGUAAGGACUUGUUAGGUGACAGAGAUAUGGGAAGAGGACGGAAGAAGCACCCCCGGGAUCUGUCCCGAGUGCCACACAGCCUCGGUGUUAGCUAGAUGAUAUAUGUGUACAGAAUAAAUUUUCCUACUUGAUCUUUACA